CGCUCGUACCCUUUCUUUUUACUUCCGGUUGUGCACAUUGGCUGGCGGGGUCGUCUCUCUCUCUCUCUCUCUCUUCAGCGUCGGGGUCUCCAGUGAAAACAGCUGUGAGUUUUUACACCAUGAAGAUCGUUACCUGGAACAUUAAUGGCAUUAGGACGUUCAGGGGCGGCAUUAAAAAGGCUCUCGAUGCGCUGGACGCGGAUAUUGUCUGUGUUCAAGAGACAAAAGUGACAAGAGAUUUACUUGAUGAAAGAACUGCCAUUGUUGACGGCUACACUUCUUACUUCAGCUUCAGUCGAGGACGCAGCGGCUAUUCAGGGGUCGCCACUUACUGUAAAGACAGUGCCACUCCAUUUGCUGCUGAGGAGGGUCUCACAGGUCUGCUGACCAACCAUGAGGAGGGGGCUGUGGGAUGCUACGGUGACCAGAGUGAGUUCUCUGCUGAGGAGCUGCAGCUUUUGGACAAUGAGGGACGAGCCGUUAUCACACAGCACACAAUCAUGUGUCAGGACAAAGAGCAAACUGUCACUGUAAUCAACGUAUACUGUCCACGGGCUGACCCUGAAAAGCCGGAGCGGAAGCAGUUCAAACUGCAGUUCUACAAGCUUCUUCAGCGUCGGGCUGAAGCUAUAUUAAAAGAUGGGAGUCACGUGAUUGUUUUAGGAGACGUAAAUACAUCUCACCGGCAGAUAGACCACUGCGACCCCAGUGAUAUUGAUGAUUUUGAUGAACACCCCGGAAGGAAAUGGCUGAAUGGCUUUUUGCAUCAUGUCAGAGAAGAAGAGGAAAAGAAUGAGGAGGAACUCGAUGAAGAAUCAGAGGUAACUUCAACAGAUCCCAUCCACAGCGGGAAAUUCGUGGAUACCUUUCGCUAUUUUCACCCAACUCGCACCAACGCCUUCACAUGCUGGUCCACUCUCACCGGAGCGCGACAGACCAACUACGGCACGCGCAUUGACUACAUAUUCGCUGACUGCCAACUAGCCGAGGAGCAGUUUGUGGCAGCAGACAUCAUGCCAGAGGUGGAGGGGUCCGACCACUGCCCCGUGUCAGGGCAACUGAGCUGCUCUCUCCUGCCCAGCUCCAAGCCUCCUCCGCUUUGUACCCGCUACCUGCCAGAGUUUGCUGGCAAGCAGCAGAAACUCUCCCGCUUUCUUGUCAAGGUGGACCAAAAAUCAAGUCAGUCUGUGCAGAGUAAUGCAUUACCUGGAUCUCAAGAAGAGGAGGAAAGGAGGGAAAAUUUAAACCCACUUGGAGCUGGAAACAUCUCUUGUAAGAAACGGUUAUUGACAUCAGACUCAGUUGCCCCAAAGGGGAAAAAGACUAAAACAGCAAAGACUUCUUCAAAGCCACAGGGCAGCCUCCUUUCCUUUUUCAAACCCAAACUCACAAAUGUUGUUCCCACUACUGAAGCCCCUGUCAGGCAGUGUGAAAAAACACCCCUGGAUGAAGUUACCUCAUCACAAACUGCCCAAAAAGCAUCCACAACCAGAGAGGACGUGUCCUCGGUGACAAGCAGUGUCCCUGAAGAUACUGAGCUUGUCUUGGACUGUUCCCCACAGCUGUGCACCAGCAGCACCACAGAGGAAAAUGACAAACAGAUGAAGACAAAACAGUUAACCCCACAGCCCAAUGUGGGACACUCAGCUGCAAAGAAGGGGGCAUCGUUAGUGUUUUGGAAGUCAGUGCUUCAUGGACCACCCCCACCACCCUCCUGUAAGGUCCACGGGGAACCCUGUGUGCUUCGUACUGUAAAAAAGGAGGGGCCAAACAUGGGCAAACAGUUCUUUGUUUGUGCCCGUCCUCAGGGACAUGCCUCCAACCCUGAAGCUCGCUGUAAUUACUUUGCGUGGGUUGACAAGGCGAAGUGACGUGUUUACUGUAUGGACCACAAGUUUUUUUUUCCUGACUCAUCAGCGAAACCUCUAGUUCAAACAAGUAUUUUUUUUACCUCACAGAUGUCUCAUCAUUUCACAAUGUUUUUAUUAAAUAAACAAUAAAGACAGUAGUUUUGUAUUA